UAAUCAUGGCGGGUACUUUGCAGUUUCGAGACCACGAUGGUGCCCAGGAAGCCAUUAGGAAGCAGCUCCACACCACAAUCUUCAGCCAAGCUUUUUCUCCUGGUGGCAAGUACCUGGCUGUAGGCACUAGUUUUGGUGAAAUAGCAGUUUUCAACAUAUCAGCUAGCUUAAGCAGGAACAGCAAUGAAGAAGACAUGAAACCUACUUUUUUAUUUAAAGCAACUGAUGGCCCUAUAUACUGUUUAACUACAACAGACAAAUUUCUUAUAAGUGCUGGAACAGGUGAUGUUAUAGCCUGGAACUGGGUAGAUGUAUUGAGGAAGACUCCCAAAGUGGCCUGGUCUUUGCCCAUCCCCACUAACAGGUAUGGUCUAAGCAACCCAGAGGUCAAUUCACUGGCCAUUGAGUCCAAGGAUGGUGGCAAAAGGCUGUUUGCUGGAUGUGGGGACAACAACACGUACAUAUGGGACUUGGAGUCUGGGAGUUUAGUUCAAACACUAGCUGGCCACACAGACUAUGUCCAUAGUGUAGCCCUGAAGAGCCUGAGUGACCAGUGUGUGACUGGCUCUGAAGAUGGCACAGUGAGGCUGUGGGACCUGCGGACUCCACAAGAACCAGUUGCAGUAAUUGAACCUUAUUCUGAAGUGACAUGUGCCAGGUCAGAGUAUGGGCGCUGGAUAGGUUGUGUAGCUGUGGACCCCACAGAUGAUUGGUUGGUGUGUGGAGGGGGCCCCAAGUUGUCCCUGUGGCACCUGCGGACAUUUGCAGUCACCACAGUAUUUGACACACCGGGGGCUUGCCAGCAAUAUACAAGUUUUUUUGAGGACACUAUUAUAUCUGCUGGAUCUGAGCCAUAUGUAAACCACUGGUACAUCAAUGGAGACAGGAGAUCCAGGGUGCCUUGUACUCCCACCAGUGUCUGCAAUGUAACCAUCAAUAGUGAGGCAGAGAAUAACAAGGUUCUCAGCGUGGUUGGUAGCAGUGCUAAAGUGGACUUGUGUACAAACUUUGGAUAUAAAGCCUUAUCAUUAACAGUCUGCUAACACCUGCAGCCUCACAGGAGAAAUGUGCAUAGAACAUCUCAGUAAGCUAGCCACCACAGCCUGGAUAACCAGGGGCAAACACUGCCUGGAUAACCCACUGGCAGGACAGGCACAGCCAGGAUAACCCGCAGGGGCAGGCACUGCCUGGAUAACCCACUGGCAGGACAGGCAGAGCCUGGAUAACCUGCAGGGGCAGUCUUGUGCCUGGAUAACCCAUGGUGAUGUGAAGGCAGAGGCACAACUUUCACACUCAUUGGAUAUCAUUUAUUGGAUGUUCAAAAGCCUGUGAAAGUUAUGGGAUGGCAUUCCUCCUUUUUAAAACACUUAUGUUUGUCAUCCCUCUAAAAGGGCUGGAGUCAGUUCAAACACAUCUCCUUGAGGCAUUCUUCCUGGCCAUGAAGUUGGGCAGCAGGAAGACACUAGACUACCUGGGACUAUGGAGAUCUUUACUAAGUUUACAGAGAUUGUCAAUUUGACACAUGUAAUAAGUUUUAAGCAACAUCAUUUAUAAAUAAUGCAAAUUUUGAAGAUAAUGAAUGUCAGUAUUACUAAUAUAAGAUACAAAUGGGACACUGGCAAUGUCAACAGUGAAGACAUGGCCAGAUAGUUAUGCUGCCAGUGAGGUCAAAUAAUUUAACUACAGAAAUUAAGAAAAAUAUUAUUUCUAUGACACAUCUUGAAAGAGAUGUUGUGCUUUCAUCAGUGUUAAUAUGAUCAGUUCAAAUAUCAAGUUGUGAUACCCACAGCACCAGAGGAACACUGUGUACUGACCUGUUAUGAAAUAGUACAGGGACCUUGUGCGUAAUAAUUUACUACAUUACUAUGUCUUUAAGUGGUAUUAUUAGAUAAAUAAAAUAUCAUUCUAGAAGUA